CCUUCGCAUUUUUAGUGGUUCAAGGUAGAAAUAUAAACUUAUUGUUCUUAUUUGGCAAUGUACGGAAGAGGAGGACAAGACAAAAGGGGUGGUGCGCGCGGGGGAGGAGGAUGGACAACGCGGUUCGAUGGUCAAAUAAAGGUGACUGGAACAGAUCGAUUCUGUACGUCGUGUGGGUAUGUCAUUAAGGGACUUGCAACUACAAUGCUAGCCAAAUGUCCAAUAACUAUCUGCGGUGCCAAAAUUCCCAUGCGAUUUGGACCUGAUGAAAGCGAGUUCGAUAUGAACGGAUGGGGGCGUUGCAGGAACUGCAAGUCUUUCAUCUUUCGGGAUCAUAUUUAUUGCCAAUCGUGCCGAUGUGUGAAUCAGGCGGCCAAAGAAAAUCAGGACUUAAUCGUAAAGCAAGCACUGGCGAAAAGAUUGCAUGCCCAGAAGAAAGAAAACGAAGAAAAAGAUUCGAAGAUUGCCCGGUUGGAGGCUGACUAUCUGGAAUUAAGCUUAAUUUUAAGCAAGAAAAAUGCCGAGAGGAAUUCAAAAGGGGCGGAUAAUUUCAAGCAAAGCGGAAUUGUUGAUACUCAUGGGGAUUUUGUCGAGAAAACUGCGACAGAGGAAAGUUCAGAGGUUGAUGGCGAUAAACCGAACAAUGAGGACAAUGAGGACAAGCAGGAUUAAUCUUUCACAAAUGUCUUAAACUUGGGUGUGAUUCAUAUCUGUAAAUUGUUA